AUGAAAUUUUGACCAACUAUUCUUUAUCAACAAUGAAAAGUGAGUUUGUGUUGUGUUCUCUAAAGUAUAUUCGAGUCAAGUUUGUUUCUCAUAUCAUAUAUCUUAGCUAUUGAACCAUCGAUUAAUCACCAAAUUGAAUAGGAAUAAAAUAUCAACCAUGAUAAUGAACUCGUUGCUUGUAUUUACCGGAACGUUGUUGAUCAUUAUUUUCUUUGUAUAUUAUCAAAGAAACGACGACGUAGUAGUUCCUAUAUUGUCUAACGUGAAACUGUCAGUACCAAAAAAUAGUUUAGUUAGAAUUGAACAAGAGUUGGGUGAAGCAAGAGUGGCUAUUCGAAGAGCCAUAAAAAGAAGAAACUUCACAAUCAUCACAUCAGAGAAAGAGGAUUUAAUUCCAAGAGGAUGCGUUUACAGAAACGCUUAUGCGUUUCAUCAAAGUCACAUGGAAAUGUUGAAGAGAUUCAAAGUAUGGACUUACAAAGAAGGUGAACCGCCACUGUUCCAUACCGGUCCCAUGAUUUCGAUUUACAGCAUCGAAGGACACUUCAUGUCUGAGAUCGAUAACAGAUCGAGUCCAUUCUCCGCUCGCAAUCCAGACGAAGCUCAUGCAUUCAUGCUCCCCUUAAGCGUCGCAAACAUGGUGGAAUAUCUCUACAAUCCUCUCACCACAUAUUCUAGAGAUCAAAUCAUGCGUGUCACCAUUGAUUACACCAACAUCAUAUCUCAAAGGUAUCCAUACUGGAAUAGAAGCAACGGCGCAGACCAUUUAAUAGUCUCGUGUCACGAUUGGGCGCCCGAGGUCUCGAAAGAAGAUUCGGGUAGAGAGAUUUACAAGAACUUGAUAAGAGUGUUAUGCAAUGCCAACAAAUCGGAAGAGUUUGAUCCUGUAAAGGAUGUUUCAAUGCCGGAAAUGAAUCUGCAAAGUUUCAAGCUAAGCCCGCCGAGCCCUAGCCGAAACCCUAAUAAUCGAUCGAUACUCGCUUUCUUUGCUGGAGGGACACAUGGUAUGAUUAGAGAGAUGUUACAUAAUCAAUGGAAAGGAAAAGAUGAUGAAGUUCUAGUGUAUGAAUAUCUUCCAAAAAAUCUUAACUAUUACAACCUCAUGGAAAUGAGUAAAUUUUGUUUGUGUCCAAGUGGAUAUGAAGUGGCUAGUCCAAGAAUUGUGGAAGCGAUAAAUGCUGGUUGUGUGCCUGUCAUUAUUUCUGAUAGUUAUCAACUACCGUUUAGUGAUGUUCUUGAUUGGACCAAAUUUUCAGUGCAGAUUCCACCAAAGAGGAUAAGUGAAAUCAAGAGAAUAUUGAAAAGUGUUUCGCAGGAAAAGUACUUGAAGUUGCAAAGGAGAGUGUUGAAAGUUCAAAGACAUUUUGUGUUGAAUCAUCCGGCUAAACCGUUUGAUGUGUUUCAUAUGAUUCUUCAUUCAAUAUGGCUUAGGAGACUCAAUAUUAGGUUACCUCUUUGAUAUCUUUUGUCAUUUAGUUUUGGUAAUUUUGCUCAAAGAUUAGGAUAGGAAACCAUUGUUUUAUUUUACCGUCUAUUAGAAACAGUUGUAUGAAUUUAAUGAGUAUAUUCCUUGUGUUAUUGGGUUGGGUUUGAUUCUAGUUGUGUAUUGAUAGUUCUUAAAAAAAUGAUUAGAUGUA